AACAAUUGGUUGAAUUGAGUGAUUUCAUACAAUCCAUCUCUUGUACUUCUACUUAUUCAGAAUCAAAUGAAACUCUUCAAGAAUUUGUAACUAGUCUUAGGCUUAAUGCUACUGAUCAAGUUUAUGACUUGGAAGUUAAAACUCCAAUUUCAACAAAUAUGAAUGAUACUAUUGUGGCAUCAGCAUCUUCUUCAUGA